CCCAUUAAACUUGUGCUAACAGAUAUCGAAUUAAAAAACAGAGUUUGAUUCUCAAAAAUCAUAUAAAAGAGUAUUCGAACAACCACCUAUAUAUAUAUAUUUCAGGUCAAGCUUUGUAUUUCAUUCCAACAACCACCUAUAUUUACAGAUUCAUAGUUCGCAAUUCCCACUCUAGCUAUUCCUUGUUUACGAUUCUAGUAAUCUAGACUCCCUCCACAUAUCUGAUAUUCAUAAUAGUGAAUUCAACAUAUGGCUGAAGCUGUAGUUAAAGUUCUGAUAGACAAUCUUACUUCUUUCCUCAAAGGGGAAAUUGUAUUGCUUUUCGGUUUUGAAAAUGAAUUCCAAAGGCUUUCAAGUAUGUUUUCUACAAUCCAAGCCGUCCUUGAAGAUGCUCAGGAGAAGCAACUCAACGACAAACCACUAGAAAAUUGGUUGCAAAAACUCAAUGUUGCUACGUAUGAAGUCGAUGACAUCUUGGAUGAAUAUAAAACUAAGGCCACACGAUUCUCCCAGUCUGCAUAUGGCUGUUAUCAUCCAAAGGUUAUCCCUUUCCGUCACAAGGUCGGGAAAAGGAUGGACCAAGUGAUGAAAAAACUACAUGCAAUUGCAGAGGAAAGAAAGAAUUUUCAUUUGCACGAAAAGAUUAUAGAGAGACAAGUUGUCAGACGGGAAACAGGUUUCGUUUUAACUGAACCACAAGUUUAUGGAAGGGCCAAAGAAAAGGACGAGAUAGUGAAAAUCCUGAUAAACAAUGUUAGUGAUGCUCAAGAACUUUCAGUCCUCCCAAUACUUGGUAUGGGGGGACUAGGAAAGACGACUCUUGCCCAAAUGGUCUUCAAUGAUCAGACAGUAACUGAGCAUUUAUAUCCCAAAAUAUGGAUUUGUGUCUCCAAUGAUUUUGAUGAGAAGAGGUUGAUAAAGGCAAUCAUAGAAUCUAUUGAAGGGAAGUCACUCAGUGACAUGGACUUGGCUCCACUUCAAAAGAAGCUUCAAGAGUUGCUGAAUGGAAAAAGAUACUUGCUUGUCUUAGAUGAUGUUUGGAAUGAAGAUCAACAGAAGUGGGCUAAUUUAAGAGCAGUCUUGAAGGUUGGAGCAAGUGGUGCUUCUGUUCUAACCACUACUCGUCUCGAAAAGGUUGGAUCAAUUAUGGGAACACUGCAACCAUAUGAAUUGUCAAAUCUGUCCCAAGAAGAUUGUUGGUUGUUGCUCAUGCAACGUGCAUUUGGAUACCAAGAAGAAAUAAAUCCUAACCUGGUGGCUAUCGGAAUGGAGAUUGUGAAAAAAUGUGGUGGUGUGCCUCUAGCAGCCAAGACUCUUGGAGGUAUUUUGCGCUUCAAGAGAGAAGAAAGAGAAUGGGAACAUGUGAGAGAUAGCGAGAUUUGGAAUUUACCUCAAGAUGAAAGUUCUAUUCUGCCUGCCCUGAGACUUAGUUAUCAUCAUCUUCCACUUGAUUUGAGACAAUGCUUUGUGUAUUGUGCGGUGUUCCCAAAGGACACCGAAAUGAAAAAAGAAGAGCUAAUUGCUUUCUGGAUGGCACAUGGUUUUCUUUUAUCAAAAGGAAACUUGGAGCUAGAGGAUGUGGGUAAUGAAGUAUGGAAUGAACUUUACUUGAGGUCUUUCUUCCAAGAGAUUAAAGUUAAAUCUGGUAAAACUUAUUUCAGUAUGCAUGAUCUCAUCCAUGAUAUGGCUACAUCUCUGUUUACAGCUAGCACAUCAGGCAGCAAUAUCCGCGAAAUAAAUGUAAAAGGUUACUACUCACAUAAGAUGUCCAUUGGUUUUGCUAAAGUGGUUUCUUCUUACUCUCCUUCCCUCUUGAAAAGGUUUGUCUCGUUAAGGGUGCUUAAUUUAAGUAACUUAAAACUUGGUCAAUUACCCUCUUCCAUUGGAGACCUAGUACACUUAAGAUACUUGAACCUGUCUAGCAAUAGCAUGCGUAGUCUUCCAAAGCAGUUAUGCAAGCUUCAAAAUCUGCAGACUCUUGAUCUACAGGAUUGCCUGCCACUUCGUUGUUUGCCAAAACAAACAAGUAAACUUGUUAGUCUCCGAAAUCUUUUACUUGAUCACAAUUUAUUGAAAUCUAUGCCACCAAGGAUAGGAUCAUUGACAUGCCUUAAGACUCUAGGUCAAUUUAUUGUUGGAAGGAAGAAAGGUUAUCAACUUGGUGCACUAGGAAGCCUAAAUCUCUAUGGCUCAAUUGAAAUCACGCAUCUUGAGAGAGUGAAGAAUGAUAAGGAUGCAAAAAAGGCCAAUUUAUCUGCAAAAGCGAAUCUACAUUCUUUAAGCAUGAGGUGGGAUGAACCAUAUGGAUAUGAAUCAGAAGAAGUUAAAGUGAUUGAAGCCCUUAAACCACACCCCAAUCUGAAAUUUUUAGAAAUCAUUGGCUUCAGAGGAAUCCAUCUCCCAGAGUGGAUGAAUCACUCAGUAUUGAAAAAUAUUGUCUCUAUUGUAAUUAAGGACUGCAGAAACUGCUUGUGCUUACCACCCUUCGGUGAUCUGCCUUGUCUAGAAAGUCUAAAGUUAUCCUGGGGGUCUGCGGAUAUGGAGUAUGUUGAAGAAGUGGAUAUUGAUGUUGAUUCUGGAUUCCCCACAAGAAUAAGGUUUCCAUCCUUGAGGAAACUUGCUAUAUGGGGCUUUGGUAAUCUGAAAGGAUUGCUGAAAAAGGAAGGAGAAGAGCAAUUCCCUGUGCUUGAAGAGAUGACAAUUAACGGGUGCCCUAUGUUUGUUAUUCCGACCCUUUCUUCUGUCAAGACAUUGAAAGUUCUUGGGGACAAGUCAGAAGCAAUAGUUUUGAGGUCCAUAUAUAAACUUACCACUCUUACUUCCCUCUACAUUAUCAAUAACUAUGAAGCUACUUCACUCCCAGAAGAGAUGUUCAAAAGCCUUGCAAAUCUCAAAUACUUGAAUAUCUCUUUCUUUAAGAAUCUCAAAGGGCUGCCUACCAGUCUGGCUAGUCUCAAUGCUUUGAAGCAUCUGAGAAUUCAAUGGUGUGACGCACUAGAGAGUCUCGCAGAGGAAGGGCUGGACGGUUUAACUUCACUCACAGAGUUAUUUGUUGAACACUGUGAGAUGCUAAAAUGUUUACCGGAGGGAUUGCAACACCUAACAGCCCUCAAAAAUUUAAUAAUUACUCAUUGUCCAAUUGUGGAAAAGCGGUGCGAGAAGGGAAUAGGAGAAGACUGGCACAAAAUUGCACACAUUCCUAAUGUGAAAAUAUAUUCCUAAGUAUUAUUUCUUUGUUUGUGAGUCUUUUUGGUUCCUUCCAUUGUGAUUGCAUGUAAUUUUUUCUAGAGUUGUUUGUUUGUGAGUCUCUCAUUGGAUGUAAUUUUCUUUUGGUAACAAAUUAACAAUCUAUUUGUAU